AUGUGACCACAGUUCAGUGUGCAGUGGACUCACACUAAAGCUGAACAGUGACACAGUGCUGUGCAUCAAACCUCCUGCUGCUUCUGUUCAUUUCCUCUGCUUGCGUUGUGGUUGACAUGCGAUGAGAACUCCUUCUGAUGACAAUGCAGGCAGGUCAGUGCUUUCUCAACACGCGGUUCAGUUCUUUUAGGAUUUUUCUUUACUUUUAGUUGAUCCAAACACAGCAGAGUUGCAGCUGCUUUCCGAUCAGCAUCCCAGUCUGAAGAAUGGACGUUAUCAAAGAGACACACAGCAGCAUAGACUGAGUGAUGCUCUUUAACCUGCCAGAGAUCCAAGUGUCCUGAGUGAGCAGAAGACAGACAGACAGACACCUGCUGAUCCAGACAGUAUAAAUAUGUGUAUAGACUUGAAGUUUGUCUACAUCCCCAUCGGGAUCCUCGCCUUCAUCGUGCUGGUGUUCUCCGUGCUGGGGGUCCUAUGUCUCAGAAAGAUGCGUUUCUUGAACCAGACCAUUCGACAGCUGCAGGGGAACCAGUUCACUCCUCCGAUCCUCCCUCCGAGGUCGGUCUCAGUGGUGGAGGAUGAGGAGGUGGUGGAGCCUCCUCCCCAAACUCCCCUGCAGCCCAGCAGCACCGUCAAGCCCUCCUCCAAGAGGCUGUGGAAAGGUCUGCAGCAGGAUCCUCAUUUCACCAAGUCAGACCUGAACCUGCUGCAGCUCAUCAAAGCGGGGAAGGAAGGUGUCUUCUACCAGGCCAGGAUGAUCCGGGGGACGUGCAAAGGCCACAACAUGUUCACCUGCAAGAUCAGCAAGGAAGGAGUCCGACUCAAACAUGUGGACAUGGAGGUUUCCAUCAUGAAGAAACUGGUGCACCACAAGAACAUCCUCCAGAUCCUGGACUGGAACACCACUGUGGAGCCUUACAUUCUCAUCAUGGAGUAUGUGAGCUACGGCACUUUGAGGACCUUCCUGCAGACCAACAGAAGCCACCUGAGUGCAGACCCUGAGCUGCAGAGCCUCUUCACCAUCGCCUCCUACCACAUCGCUCUGGCCAUGCAGCACCUGCAUUCCAAAAUGAUCAUGCACUGUGACUUGGCACUGAGGAACAUCAUGGUCAAUAAGUUUCCCUGGGAGGUUAAAGUGGCAGAGUUCGGCCUGGCCCGAGACUUAACCCGUAUGACAAGCCGCCGCAGCAGUCGCUGGAGAAACCCGAGGCAGCGUGUGCCGCUGCGCUGGUACCCCCCCGAAUACUUCAAGAACAACUAUUACAGCUUUAAGGGAGACGUUUGGGCUUUUGGUAUCGUGCUGUGGGAAAUGCAGACAUUUGGUACCUUACCAUACCCAAACCUGGAGACCUCAGAGGAUGUGAUCUACCACAUCUGUCUGGGUCAUAAGAACACAAACCCUGAAGGCUGCAGACCAGAGAUACUCCAUAUCAUGAGAGACUGCUGGCAGGAGCCGUACACUCUGAGACCCUCCUUCACUGACAUUGUCUGCAUGCUGGAGAAUGUCAUGGAAAAUGACGCAGAUUAUGUGGAUGUGGAAAGUUCUCAGAGUUUGGUGAAAGAGGACGCUGAAUAUCAUGAAGCUAAAUGUCUACGAGCAGCAAGCGUCACCCUGGAAGAUACAAAUCCUGUUUAAAAUAUUUAUUUAUGGAGGCUGGAUACUGUACAAUUUAAAUCUCCAAACAUUACUAUUUAGCUCUUUGAGCCUGAGGCUAUUUUCAGUGUAAAUUAACUAACUUUACUAUUAAGCUCUUACCUUGAUCACUAUGAGGAUUGUGCAUACAUUCUAUAUCUUGGGGUUUUUUUUGUUUGUUUGUUCAUUUUUUUUAGGAACAGACACAGCUAUCAAUAUCUUCAUAAUCUGAUAUGAUGAUACUUUCGCAGAUUUUUUUAUAUCAGCCUUUAUAUUGAGGAAAAAAUAUUUUGUACACUGAAAUUGUUGUGCUUUUACAUGCAUCUUACCACAAAAUGCUGGCGGUAGAGAUAUCUCAAUAAUAAUAAUAAUAAUAAUAAUAAUAAUAAUAAUAAUAAUAAUAAUAAUAAUAAUAAUAAUAAUAAUAAUAAUAAUAAUACAUUUUAUUCAUAAUGCACUUUUCAUUUAGCCAAAGUCUCCAAAUGCUACAUUAAAUUUAUAAAAGGACAAAAAAAAAAAACACCAAAAAGCCUAUGUAAAGUCACUGAAAGACGCAUAGUCACAGCUCUACUCCGACAUCAUCAACAACGGUCAUGGAAGCUCCAAGCAUCUCUUUCACUGUGAAGAGGGAUUAUGUGAAAUCUGGCAACAUCAGAACCAAGAUGGUGGGAAAAUGUGUGACUUGAUGUACGUGGUGCCUAAUGGAAAUAAGUUUUAUUAUUGUAUUCACUUAAGUGCAUACAAUAAUACAAACAUGCAAACUCCAUGCAGAAAGAUCCCAGAAAGGUUGGGACUCAAACCAGGGAUCUUCUAGCUGCAAGGCAAAAGUGCUAACCACUGAUGUGCAGCCCACAAAUCAGACAAAUAACAUAUAUUACAUAGAUUUUAACAUAUCAGUUAUGAGUUAUGAGUAAUUCAAACCAGAGUAAUGGGUGUAGAGAUGCAGGUUGGAACUAAAUUUGAUGUAAACAUUUUUCACUCUUCUGCACAGACAAGCAACCAGCUUUGUAGGAAGGUUCAUUUGUGUAGUUUCAUUUCAUAUGUGCCACACCUCCCUGCAGUAAAUACCAUGAGAGGAAUUCAACAGAAAAAAGGGGUGUAAUUUUGGCAUAUGUCCAUCUAUCUGACUGUAAGUGUUAGGCUGCUUUACUUACCUGGACCUGCCUUUCAAAAGCUGUCUGAAUUAUGACAAGUGUAAGAAGACACAUCUUACACUUGUUAAGGUGUGUAUCUUCACAUAAACAACCCAACAGAGAGGAGAAAAAGAAAUCCUGGCAAAAAAAAUGACUUAAAUACAACACAAAAAAUGAUGCACUGACUGUACAUGUUCUUGUUUGGAAGUGUUAAAAAAACAUUCAUGUAAAAAGAAAAAUAUUUUUUGAUAAAAUAUAUACAUAAAAAAAUGUAUUUGUAUGUGAUGUGAUUAUUUUUGUGCAACACAAAAGCUUUGU